GAUAGCAAAAACAUGUUUCUGCUUUCUGCAUAGAUCCAUCCACCAUCCAACCAUCCAUCCGUCCAGAUGAGUGAUCAUCCUCCUCCGUAUCGUCCGUUCUUCCCAGACGAUUCGUCUCCCUCCAUGUUUCCUCCAGCUUUUUACUCCCCGCCCACCGCCUUCCCCGGCUCCGCCUAUCAGACUUUCCCUCAGACCAUUCUCCAACCAGRACCCGCUGCACAGCAGGAGGCCUCUGUGAUGUCACCUGGUUACUACGGCAACAAACACCAGGCCUCCCAUCCAGCGAAGCCAACAGUUCUGCUGAUGGAUCCUCGGACCAAUCAGCAGCCGGGCGGUGUCGGGUCGUACCUGGCCGCAUGUUGUGCUGCACUGUGCUGCUGCUGCCUGUGGGACCUGCUGCACCGCUGACCAUCAUCACCUUCAUCAUCAUCCUCAGCAGUGACCAUGUGACCGUCUGGUCUGCUGACACCAGGAAUAUCCGACAUGUUUGGGUUUAAAUCGACGUUAUUCUCUAUGAAGGUUCAGAGGAAAAUCCCGCUGUCUGAUUGGACGGCGAGUAGAAACAAACAUGGAGGAUGAUAACAUCAUGUGAAAACAUUUUCUAACCACUCUGCUGGUGUCUCUUUAAUUAUUGAUCUUAUUGAAUAUCAGAUUGGUCACAGCUGAUCUAUAAAGUGAUUGAUAGGUAACUUUGUAUUAUAACAUUUUGACAGUUUUUCUCUGUUUCCUUUUUUUUUCUAAAGAAAACAUGUUUUCUCUUAUGCAGCUGCARUUUUGUUUAUUCAAUUCCAGUUUAUUGUACCAAACAUCUCAGCAAUACGGCAGGUCAAAGUGUUUUACAUGAUAAAAACAUGAGAUAAUAAACUUUUUGAUUAAGAAUAUAGAAUGAACAAGUAGCCAGUACAGCAUUUUUAUCAAUGCCAUCAUAAAACCAUCAAUCAUU